AUGUGGAUGGUCAGUGUGAGUAAUACACACAUUUUUAUUACGUUUUUAUGGUUUUGCGGCCAAAAACAUUAACCAAGACGUUUCGGGAUUUGGACGGAUUUCUCGGGUUGGGGCGGAUAUUCGGUCAUAGCGAGGGUAUGCGGCUAUUUUGGCUGGUUUUUAUGGAUUUUUGACGAAAUUAUUUAUGAACUUGAGGAAAACAUUGGCGAAGGAAGUGGAAAGUUGCAUUUUCUUAUAGGUUAGAGUUGCUUUAUUAUGCAUUUUGAGAGUUUCUCUAUCUAAAAAUGGCAAAUAAGGUUCCUUUUGGUCUCACAACGAAAACUUGGGGAUAUUCUACUAAUUGUGGGUUUUAAACUUACGGUUAUUAAUAUGAUUCAUAUUUAUAAAGUUUUUUACAAAAAUCACGGCAUUAUGAACGAAUUCCUGUAAAUUUUACAAAUAUUCUGAGUCUCACCACGAAACCUUGAAAAGUGGCGAUUUUGCUUUAUACUUUUCAGAAUUUAUUAGAUAAGGCUAAAACUGAUAGUUUCAAUGUUUUUUAACGAAAAAUGGGGUUUUGUUGUAAAUCACACAUGAUUCAUUUUGGUAUCACCACGAAAACCUGAAGAGUUGCGAUUUUGCCUUAUAUUGUUUAGAAUUCAUUACCUAUGGCUAAAAGUAAGACUGAAAUAUCAUAUUUCAAUAACAAAAUUUAAAAAGAAGUUUUGAACUUUAUGAAAUUUCAUGUUAUAGUACCUUCUUUCUAGCUUAUAGUACUUUUUCUCUAUAUUAUAGUACUUUGUUCAUCAUAAACCCACUUCUAAUAUUAUGAUGUCUUAUUCACCGCAUCAUUCUUAUUCUUUGACCACAAAGAAUCCUGCAAAACCGCUUAUAAUCUUUCUCUAGAGUUAUAUAUAAAGGGUUAUAAAUAGUGAGAGAACGUCACCGUUCGCACGUUUUAAUGAACGCUUUUUGUUAAUCAUCUUGGACCAAUCUUUAGUAUUUUUAAGUUUUUGAAGUUGGCACUUUUAGUUUUUUUUUGCACUGUGCAAACAUCUUUUCCUAACUUUUAAAAAUUUUCAAAAAUUAGAAAAUUUUUAAAUUUACGUAAGAUGAAAUAAAGGUCAUAAAAGUUUAAUAAUAUGUCUAGCUUUGCAUUUUUUUACCUGUACAAAAAGUUAUGGCGCUUUCAGUAUUUUGCACCGUGCAAAGUAUUUGAAUUUUAAAAUUUUUGAAAAUCAGAAAUUUUUAAUAAUUUUUAAAGUAACGUAAAAUCAAAGAAAGCUUAUAAAAUUUUACUGAUAUGCCGAAUUUUGCAUUUUUGUAUCUGUACAAAAAGUUAUGCCACUUUUAGUUUUUUGCACCGUGCAAAACUCUUUUCUUGCAACGUACAAAAACUUUUUUUUUAAAAUUUUUAUGAUAAAAAGACGAUUUUUUUUAUUUUCCUUUGUAAAAAACGUUAACUAUGUUCAUAACAUGAUUACCAAUGCCCACUUUCACCUAAAAUUGCACUUUCUCUAUUCACUUUAUGCAAAUGUUCAAAAUUUGACCUUUUGCCAGCCGGCUGCCACUUCCAAUAAUCGUUUUGGAGUUAAUUUCCGUCAAAUUUCGCGAAAUUCAUGAAGGCCAUAAAUUAAAAAGAGCCAAUUCUUUUCUGUUUCACAGAUUCGACCAGUAGAUAAGACGCGUAAUGCUAUGAGAAAGAUGACAUUUCGUGUCGUAUGUCAUGUUUCAUAGUUAUUUUUCGAGGCUAUUUCGGGUCAAAAGUUUCAUUACUAUUGUAAUGUGUUGAGUGAGGUUACUGUAAGCUAGAAUGUUGAAAUUUUGUCAAAAUUGAGGCUAGAAAUUUCUUUUUUAAUUUUUUAAUGGGGGGGGGGAGCAAAGGUAGGGUGAAGGUAUGGCAAAGGUAAAGGCAAGACAAUGCAAGGCAAGGCAAGGCAAGGCAAGGCAAGGCAAGGCAUGGUAGUUUUAGAAUAUUAAGAAUAACAAUUUUCACAGCUUGUUUUUUUUUCGUUUUAUCGCGUAUCAGUGAAAUUUUUUUCGAAUUGGCUUUGGGGGGGGGGCGUGGAUCAAGUUGAUUGAGAGCGAAACAGUGAGGUAUAAGGCCAUUUUUGAUCGAAGUUUCAAGUUAGAACGUUGGUUUGAUAAGCAUCUGGAGUCUGUUAGGUGCCGACAUAAAGAACCCGCCAUUUUUUACAGGAAAUUAAAGGAGAAGUAUGGCGGGUUCUUUAUGUCGGCAACUAAAAAAUGCCAUUUUUGAUAAAACUUUAAAAUUUAAAAUUAUUUGGUAUUUAAAAUUAAAACAAGAAGUCACUUGGCAGUGCGCCAAAAGUUCUGUUACAAAACUUGUAUGUCUAAAUUUAAGCUCCAAAGCCAUUUCCUUUCGAAUUCUAGUCCAAAACAUUAGCCGAACAUAACACGUAUCUCUGGGCCGUAGUAGUUUAACAAUUAUGACACGAACAUAGCGCCAUGUCUUUGCAAAACAGCAUCAAAAGGGGGGGGGGACGAGGAAAAAAAAGUUUUGCUCGUGCGAAAUUGUCUCCCAAUUGGCCGCAAUACUUGUACCACACUCUCCGUUUCGCCAUAAAUAUUGCUGGUUUCAGACGUCCGCCGCGCCGCUCCCGUUCCACCAUCGUAGUCAAGUUGCGAUUCCCCGAGGAAGAAGGAAGACGAAGCGUAGCGGGCGUGGGGCGCCGGCGGGACGCCUCAGGCGUCGGAGGAGGAGGCCAGCUGCAGUAGCCAGUGGGACGUCGAGUUGGAGUGUCACGCAGAAGGCGAAGCGCAUCCGCGGGUUCAGGUUGUGGAGAAGGACUUGA